AUGGCUUCUUCUAUUUGGAGAUGCGCAAUAUUGGCCUCUGUGCUGUUCUCAGGCCGAAGUGUAGCCCAGACAUACACAUCAUGCAACCCUCUGAGUUCAACCUGCCCCGCGGAUACCGCCCUUGGCAUGGCCAUAGACGUCGACUUUACGCAAGGAGAGGUGAACUCCUUCACCACAUCAGGCGGCCAACCCACAUACGGCUCCGACGGCGUAACGUUUACGGUAAGACAGAGCGGCGAUGCGCCCCAGCUUUCUUCUGUCUUCUACAUCAUGUUUGGUCGAGUCGAACUUAGCUUGAAAGCUGCCCCUGGCGCCGGCAUCGUGUCUUCCUUCGUAUUACAAUCCGACUGUCUCGACGAGAUCGACUGGGAAUGGCUGGGGGCCGACUCGACCGAGGUACAAUCCAACUAUUUUGGAAAGGGGAUAACUGCUUCCUAUAACCGUGGGCAGUUUCAUGAAAUGGGAAACAACCAAGGUGGUUUCGUUACCUACGUGAUAGAUUGGACAAGUGAUCGAGUUGUCUGGACCGUGGACGGAACCGUGGUGCGGACGCUCCAAGCUUCGGAAGCCGAACAGGGCCAAUACCCUCAAACGCCAAUGCAGGUUAAAUUCGGCGCAUGGUCUGGGGGCGACUCUAAUAAUCCCCAGGGCACGAUCGACUGGGCGCGCGGUCCUACCGACUACUCCCAGGGGCCGUUUAGCAUGAGCGUAAAGAGUGUCAAGGUGACAGAUUACAGCACAGGUCACUCUUAUACUUACGGUGAUACUUCCGGCUCAUGGCAAUCCAUCCAGGCGGACGGCGGCCAAGUCAAUGGUAAUUUGGGUAACGCCGGCACUUUAACUAGCACUGCGGUUGCGAGCGGUUCGACUGCGACCGGAUCGGCUAAUGUUCCUGCCGGAGGCAUAGGAGGUUCAGAUAACCAGGGCUCAACCUCCUCUAAUAACUUACCCGAGGGUUGGGUUAUGACUUCGGAGGGGAAGAUAGUACCAUCAAGUUCAACUAUCUUACGCCCUACGUACCACUUCAUCUUUAUCUUCACCCUCUGCGCCAUCUUAGCGAGUAGCCGAAGGUUUUGGCCUUGA